GGAAAAUAAACACGGAUAUUUCAAGUAACAAAGAAAUACCACAUCAUUUUAACUAGUUCCUUUUAAAAUAUAUAGUUUUUAUCCCUAAAUAUUUGAAACAUUUUGUCUAUUUUCUAGUCCUAUCUAUUGCAUAAUAACUUUUAUGCAUCCCUGCACAGAAAAUCCAUUAGACAGUCACCAUUAUUCUUGAGUUCCUAAGAUGUCACCAUGUUUCUUAUAGAACAUUGAUAUCUGGUACAAGCAAGAAUUUGUCAAUGUGGAGGAACUAGUUUCAACCUGGAUAUGAAAGCUUCCUUUGCAUUCAGAUAUAGCUUUUAAUCUUAACAAUCAUACAAGGUUACCAAUGGCCUGGUCAAAGUUAAUCACUCACCAGUUACAAUUUUGCAGAAGCAAUAUAGCAAUGUCAUUGAUUGAUGCAUAAACUAUAAAUUCUUUAAUUCUAAUAAUAUAUUAUUUCCAUGGCAGCUUGAUUGUCAAAGAAAGAGUUUUUCAGUUUCACUUAUAUAGUUUAUAAACAAACCAGCUGAGGGUCAAAGGCUCGAAACCAGAACAAGAACCAGAGAAAAAAAGAAAUGAGAAUCAAACCCCACCAGCAAGUGUUUUUCUCUUGGUUCCUUAUCUUGUUUCUCUUCCAUGGUUCCCAAACCCAACCAAGCACCACAGGCUACACUUGCACACCUAACCAGACCACUUAUCCAUGCCAAACCUACGUUUUCUACAGAGCCACCGCUCCUAACUUCCUUGACCUGGCUUCCAUUGGCGAUCUUUUCCAUGUUAGUCGUCUAAUGAUAUCACAACCAAGCAAUAUUUCCUCCCCUUCGUCUCUUCUCAUCCCUUACCAGUCCCUCUUUGUUCCCAUAACAUGUUCUUGUAACUCCGUUACCGCUACUUUUGGUAGCCUUUCAGCUGCCAACCUCACUUACACAAUCAAAGGAGGCGAUACUUUCUAUCUCGUGUCAACUAGGAACUUUCAAAACCUUACCACUUACCAAUCUGUCGAAGUUUUCAAUCCGAGUUCCGUCCCUACCCGACUCAAAAUAGGGGGCGAAAUUGUCUUUCCGAUCUUCUGCAAGUGUCCUAAUGAAACUCAGGCUAAAACUGGAGUGAAUUACCUUGUUUCUUAUGUGUUUCAGCCUUAUGACAACUUAUCAUUAGUCGCCUCAAGAUUCGGAGUUCGAACUCAUGAUAUAAACAACAUGAAUGGAAAUAAAAUACACCCUUUUGAUACCAUUUUCAUUCCAGUUAAUAAACUGCCUGUGUUACCUCAGCCUAAGGCACCUUCAGCAGCCUCUCCUGGAAAUGCUGAGAAGAAAAGGGCCAUAGUAGGAUUGGCAAUUGGGUUGGGAAUUUGUGGGGUUCUUUUGAUAUUUUUCUUUGCUGUGUUGCUUUAUAGGGAUGUCUUUUCCAAGAAAAGAGACAUGGAAAGGCCUGAGGAUAAUCAGAAGAUACAGUUUAAUAGGCCAGGGAUGCUAAUGAAGGGAAAUGAAGUAAAUUUGAUGGCGGAUGUGUCAGAUUGCUUGGAUAUGUACAGGGUGUUCAAUAUUGAAGAACUUAGAGAAGCCACUGAUUGCUUUAAUGAGAGUUGUUUGAUUCAAGGAUCUGUUUAUAAAGGUUCCAUUAAUGGAGGUACCUAUGCCAUAAAGAAGAUGAAGUGGAAUGCAUGUGAAGAGCUUAAGAUCUUACAGAAGGUAAACCAUGGAAAUCUGGUGAAGUUGGAGGGGUUUUGCAUAGACCCUGAAGAUACAACUUGCUAUCUGGUAUACGAGUUCAUCGAAAAUGGCUGCCUUUACUCUUGUCUUCAUCAAAACAACAAUGGAAAACUAAAUUGGAAAACAAGGUUAAGGAUUGCCGUUGAUGUGGCAAACGGUCUGCAAUACAUCCAUGAGCAUACAAGGCCAAAAGUUGUACACAAAGACAUCAAAAGCGGCAACAUUCUGUUGGAUUCCAACAUGAGGGCCAAAAUUGCUAAUUUCGGACUGGCCAAAUCCGGCUGCAAUGCAAUAACCAUGCACAUCGUUGGCACCCAAGGUUACAUUGCGCCCGAAUAUGUUGCGGACGGGGUGGUGUCGACGAAGAUGGAUGUUUUCUCUUUUGGGGUUGUUUUGCUUGAGCUAGUGUCUGGCAGGGAAGCCAUUGGUGAAGGAGGGAAGCUGCUUUGGGGAAGUGUUAAUGGGGUUUUGGAUGGGAGUGAGGAGAGAAAGGUGAAGAAAGUGAAGGAGUUUAUGGAUGGAGGUUUAGAAGGAGGGGGGUGUUGGAUGGAGAGUGUGAUGAAUGUAAUGGGGAUUGCCAUCGCAUGUGUGAAUAAAGACCCAAGGAGGAGGCCUAGGAUGGUGGAUGUUGUAUAUGCUUUGUCCAUGACCCAUGAUUUGUUUUUCCAUGUCUCGGAAGAUGGGUUAUCCCCUCCUCUUUUUCCAAGGUGAAUGUUGUUAUAUGUUUUGAUUCAUAUUCACGUAUCGGUAUCGAGAUCGACUAUUGUAAAAAUAGAUGAAAGUAUCAUGAAAGAUUUUUAUUAGAAGUCAGAUUAUAUUUUGCAUUUUGUGCUAAAAAAUAGACAAAUUAGUCUAUAUAUAUUAGAUAAAAGAGUAAAUUUGUAA